AUGAGUCUGGGUGCAAUAGAUGUUGAUUCGGAACCACUCAAUUCACAAGACAACGUUGAAGAUUGCUUGAUGACUUAUGUAGAAGAGAAUGUAAAUUACACUUGUGAUUGCGGUGGCAGCAGUAGCAAGUGUGUUGUUGUGACGGCCGAUGGUAUUAUAAAUCAGACAUUUGAAACAUCGGAUGCAGCUUAUAACUUGUAUGUGCGUUAUGCAAGGUGUGUUGUGUUCGGAGUUUGCAAGGGUGAUACAGUGCAUGGAAAAGAUGGAACACAACGCAGAAGACAAUUUUUUUACAACAAGGAAGGAAAGAGAGCCGAUAAAUACAUUUCUAAUUUGAACAGGAAGAGGGAGCAUAAAGCGCUGACUCGUACGGGUUGCGAAGCCAUGCUUGCGGUGUACUUUGACACCAAAACUUCAGCUUGGAGAGUUAAAAAAUUAGUUGAGAAGCACAACCAUGAUCUUGUUCCCCAAUGCUUGGCCAAGCGGAGGGUUAUGCUAAUGUCGAGUUCACAAAGAAGGAUCUGGAUAUAUAACCACAUUGAAAGAACUCGUCGUGCAAAGUUCAUUGGUGGGGAUUCUAAUGCAACAAUUAGCUAUCUACUUGGAAAAGUCGAUGUUGACCCCAUGGCCAUGGCAAGGUACAGUGCUACUGAUGAAAGUCGGCUGGCAAAUCUAUUUUGGGCAUAUGGCAUUUGUAGGGCGGAUUAUCAGUGCUUUGGAGAUGUACUUGCAUUUGAUACAACCUAUCAGAAAAAUAAGUACAGAAGACCGUUGGUAAUCUUCUCGGGUUAUAACCAUCACCGUCAAACAUGCAUAUCUGGGUUUGCCUUGAUAGAGAACGAACAAACGGCAACAUAUACGUGGUUGUUGCAAAACUUUCUAGAUGUCAUGCUGAACAAGUCUCCUAGUGUUGUGGUCACAUAUGGUGAUGAGACAAUGAAGGCAGCAAUUCAAGAAAUCUUCCCAAAUACAGUGUACGGAGAGCCUGUGUUAACAACUCGCUUAGCUGCAUUGGAGCUUUGUGCUGCAAAUUUUUACACACGAGAGAUGUUUGGCAAAGUAAAAACAGAGAUUGAAGGAGUGGUUUCAUUAGAUGUUAUAAAUGAGGAAAAUAUAUCAACUACUGUUGUGUUAAAAGUUAAGGAGUGUGACAGAGGGCAACAUAUAUACACCGUACUUUAUGAGCGCAACACCGAGAAUAUGGAGUGUGAAUGUAGUAGGUGGAGUAGUGAAGGCAUUCCCUGUUGCCACAUGUUUUGUGCCAUGAAAAGGGUAGGUUUACAGAAGUUUUCAGAAAGUCUUCUUUUGAGAAGAUGGUCCAAGAAUGCUAAAAAGUAUAUGGAUGAAAGUUCAGCUGGAAGCACUGUGCAAGAUAGAGAAAGAGAACUUUUAAUGCGCUAUGACGCAUUAUCAGUGGCAGCUACGUAG